AUGACGAAAACCCGGAAUAAGGAAGUGCAACAUUUCUGCAGGCGAUCUUUCUUCUAAACACAGCUGCUUGGUGCGUAGCUACAUCGCGGAUGCACAGCAGCAAUAACCACUGCAGCUGCCACUACAACCGCUGCAGGUGAUCCUGCACCCCUGCGGGAAGAUGCCGUCUGGAAGGAAAGGAUCCGGGUCAUUUGUUGUGCCCGCACUGGUGACCUGGUUGCUGCUGGAUGCUGUUGUGUUUGUGCAGGCGAAGAACUUUGAGGAUGUUCGCUGCAAAUGCAUCUGCCCGCCAUACAGAAACAUCACUGGCCACAUAUAUAACAGAAAUGUGUCUCAGAAGGAUUGUAAUUGCCUCCAUGUAGUGGAGCCCAUGCCGGUGCCUGGCCAUGACGUGGAAGCGUACUGCCUGUUGUGUGAGUGCAAGUACGAGGAACGAAGCAGCAACACCAUCAAGGUAACCAUCAUCAUUUACCUGUCUGUCGUGGGUGCGCUGCUGCUCUAUAUGCUGUUCCUGCUGCUGGUUGAACCUCUUAUUCGCAAACAUGACGCCUACACCCAGCCACUGCACAAUGAGGAGGACUCUGAGGAGAUGCGUCCGCCGGUGGACAGUGCCCAGGCCAAAGGAAACACAGUGCUGGAGCGGGUUGAGGGGGCACAGCAGCGCUGGAAGAAGCAGGUCCAGGAACAACGCAAAACUGUUUUUGACCGCCACAAGAUGCUUAGUUAAACCCCACAGCUGACCUCAAAGAAGGUUUAGAAUAGGUAACUCACCUGGGCUCAGUGCUAUUACACUGUCACCAGCUGCACUAUUCCUAACCUCUUUGUUAAUGCUGCGUACUGCACCCUCUGAAUAUGUAUUUCCUCACGAAGAAAACAUUUAAACACGCUGAACUAACAAGCAGAUGAUUUUUAUUUAUUAUAUCUAACAUUUUAGGCAAAAAACAGCAUGGUUGCGUACUGUUAAUAGCUAGAAACCAUCUCAAUCAUUUCAGCAAUUUGCGAUGCAACAGAUUUUGAAUGUCUUGAUUUAGUAAAGAAAAAAACAUUUUUCUCUAAUAAGCAAGACUGAAUCGUUUUUAAGCUUCAUCUGGAUCAUUUUUCUUUUUAGCUUCUUGCUAAUUUGGUUUAUUGUUAAGAUGUUUUUCUUGUAGCAUAAUUUAUGACGUUACCUCGGAACAGGAACACUUUGUGUAUGUGAAUGGUCUAUUUGGGUAGGAAGAGUACUCUACCUAUAACUAUUGUCAAGUUUAGCACUAAUAAUAAUACAUUUAUGAUCAUUAUUAUUUAUUUUGUCUCCUAUUGCUAUGCCUAGUAACCUGGGCAUAUUUUGUAUAAUUUGGAUUAAUAGAGUAAUUUAUGGAUUAUACAUUUUGGGGGUUGUUAUUUUAAAGCUUUGACCUUGCUACAUUUAAGAGCCCCAAUAUGUACCUUUUUUCUGUUUCUUUCCUUGAGGGUGAAUGUAUUUUAACAAUGCAACAUGGAUCCUAAAUGUCAGCAAUUCACAGCAUGUACAAUAUAACCGAUAGUAAGGUCUACCAAUUCAUUAGUUUUAGUAGUAUAGUUGUUGGCAUAAACACUUUUUAUCUUGAAUGUACAUGUGGAAACUGAUUGGAAAGAGGUUUCCACAUGUACAUACUUUCCCAUUCUCUUGGCCCUGAUGUGCAUCAUUAUGUGUCAGUGAAUUCCCCGUUGCAUCCUACUACUGAAGAUCCCUGUUGGGGAACUCUUAUUACAGCAAACUGGCUCACUUUCUCUCAUGCACAAUGUGAACGGCUGCAGUUUAUUGGCCUGUCAUGGCUUGUGUUAUCAUUGAAGUGUUUUUGAUUGAUUGAUGUAAGUAUAAUUUAAUUUAAGUGGUAUCAGAGUUUUGUUAUAUUUUUCUCCAGACUCACUGGAUUGUUUCACUGCUCAUGUUUAUACAAUCGGCUUGAUGUGAAAUAAAAAAAUAUAUAAAAUAA